CCCUCAGCCGACGCCAGGGCCUUAGGCUUACAGCCGUGUCAGGCCCAGAAUCCGGCAGGGUUUUACUACUCCGGGAAAUCGGGGAUUCCUUUCACCGCCUUUCUGCUGGGCCCAUAUCUGGGCCGUCCCCGAAUCCUUUAUUUAUGGCGUCGCUUCUGUGCUGUGGGCCCAAGCUGGCCGCCUGCGGCAUCGUCCUCAGCGCCUGGGGAGUGAUCAUGUUGAUAAUGCUCGGAAUCUUUUUCAACGUCCAUUCCGCUGUGUUAAUUGAGGACGUUCCCUUCACGGAGAAAGAUUUUGAGAAUGGCCCUCAGGACAUAUACAACCUGUAUGAGCAAGUCAGCUACAACUGCUUCAUCGCUGCGGGCCUUUACCUCCUCCUCGGGGGCUUCUCUUUCUGCCAAGUUCGGCUCAAUAAGCGCAAGGAAUAUAUGGUGCGAUAGAGCUCGGUCGCAUUUACGCUCUUCAGCCCCCUCUUCUAGUUAAGACUCUCCCUACCCUCUCAUGACCCCAUUCUGGAGCCCGGCUCCAGUGGAGGGAGGCUGGGGCUGACUGUCAUCUGCCCUUCCGGCUCCCUUGCCUCUUCCCGUACCUUCACAAUAAAGAGAAAUUGUUCUCCUAA